AUUUCAUAGCACAUUCAAAGUCUUUUCCAAAUCAACAGCACCAUUUCAGAUGAAUAACAUCAUAACUAUUCUCGCCGUGACGACAGCAGUGGUCUGCGCUCAAAGCGAACGCGGUCCCGGUUCCUAUGGACCUCCCGAAACUCCAUAUCUUAGAUAUGUGAACCAACGGGGACAGAGGGAAUAUCACGAUAUUAUGAUGAACCGCAAAUUGACCUUUGCUGAGCAGAAAGCAAAAAUCGACGAGUGGGCUGAAAAAUAUAAAGUUAAGGACAAAGUCGACGAAUACAAUGCUGAGAUGGCUAAAAAGAAGGAAGAAGCAGAACAGAAAGUUUCUGAACUCAUCGGUAAAUUGGCAGACGCACAGAAAAAAGUUUCUGAACUUUUCAAAAAGGAAGACCAAACCCCUGAGCAACUCUCUCAGGCUUUGGAAAGUCUUAUGAAGGAAGAUCCCGAGGUGCACAACGUUCUGAUAUUUGCUUUCCUUCAAUUCAUGAAGGGAAUAGGAGGACCAAAUGGACCAGCUGGCCCAGGAGAAUUUGGACCAGGCCCAGAAGGACCAGGAGUACCAGGAGGUCCAGGGGGACCAGGAGGGUCAUGGGGACCAAUGGGACCUCCACCUUCACCUCUAAGGCCAGGCGGUCGCGCAUGGGCACCAGCUGGUCCAGGAGGACCAGGGCCAUUCGGACCAGGAGGCCAGGGAGGCCAGGGAGGAUUAGGAGGACCAGGAGGUUCAGGGGGACCGGGAGAACCAUGGGGACCAGCUGGCUCAGGAGGAUCAGGACCAUUCGGACCAGGAGGCCAGGGAGGACCAGGAGGACCAGGAGGACCAUGGGGACCAGCUGGCCCAGGAGGAUCAGGACCAUUCGGACCAGGAGGCCAGGGAGGACCAGGAGGACCAGGAGGACCAUGGGGACCAGCUGGCCCAGGAGGAUCAGGACCAUUCGGACCAGGAGGCCAGGGAGGACCAGGAGGACCAGGAGGACCAUGGGGACCAGCUGGCCCAAGAGGACCAGGACCAUUUGGACCAGGAGGCCAGGGAGGCCAGGGAGGACCAGGAGUACCAGGCGGCCGUGGACAGUGGUAGAAUAUCAACGCUGCAGCAACCGAA